AUGCAAGUUUCCAAGUCAAGAAGAUCAUUUUAUCUCCAAGUGUUAGUUCUCGCUAGCGCGCAGAACGAAGCUUCGGAAGUUUGGCCGCGCGCGAGGAGUUCCCGACGUCCAAAAGUUACGAUCUUGAUAUGGAAAGAUAGAUACUUGAGUCAUGCAUCACGUCGAAGUGGAAUGAAGCCAUUUGGAUCAACUAUGAGGCCUAGACUUAUUUUCUACCGAGACAUGUCCGGUAAGCGAGUAAACGAAGCCCAUGGAGGAUUUGGAGUGUCUAAUGGCCCGAGCAGCAGCGCCAAAGGCCUUGAUCGAAUAGAGAAGAGGCCUGGCUAA